AUGCAUCAAACAUCCAUAACAGCUUUAGUAUGCGCUAUUGGAGCUGGAAUUACCGCGGCUGCUGGCACCUCUCUUGAAUUACAUAUAUUACACAUUACCGUGCACAGUGGCGUAAUUACCCAACUUAUUUUUCGUUGCCGGGUAUACCGUUAA